UAUUGUUUGGGUGUAUUUCUUGUUGUUUUUACAUCAAAUCAAACCCGCUGUGGGUUAACUGGACGACUUCUCGUUGUAGCGUAACCUGCGUUGCCUAGCACCAGGCGUGAGGUCAGCGGUUAUUGACAGUUCCUCCAUAGCGACCCUGACGUCACGUGACAGCUGAGUUUGCCUGCUUCCUGUUGAAGCUUCGAGGACCGACUUUCCUUCAGUGUUGCAGCGCCCUCUAGUGGCCACGGCUGGUGUGCACUACUACAAGACACGUGAUGAGGAGAGAAUGAACAUUUGUAAUCGAGAGGGAGGUCGCUGUGCAGCGAUGGCGUUGGUGUGCCUGACGGACUUCGAGCAGUACGCCAAGGAGCACCUGUCCAAGGCCACCUGGGACUACUACGCCGCCGGGGCGGACGAGUGCUGCACCCGGGACGACAACCUGCUGGCCUACAAGAGGAUCCGCCUGCGGCCUCGCGUGCUGCGCGACGUGUCGGUGAGCGACACGCGCACCACGGUGCAGGGCGCGGAGAUCGGCUUCCCGGUGGGCGUCGCGCCCACGGCCUUCCACUGCCUGGCCUGGCACGAGGGGGAGGUGGCCACGGCGAGGGCCACCGAAGCGCUCAACACCUGCUACAUCAGCAGCACCUACUCCACCUGCUCGGUGGAGGAGAUCGUGGCGGCGGCGCCCGGCGGCUACCGCUGGUUCCAGCUCUACGUGUACCGCGACCGCGAGCUGUCGGAGCAGAUGGUGCGGCGGGUGGAGGCGCUGGGCUACCGGGCGCUGGUGCUCACCGUGGACGUGCCGUUCACCGGGAAGCGGCGCGACGACAUACGCAACCGCUUCCGGCUGCCGCCGCACCUCAAGCUCAAGAACUUUGAGGGCCUGCCGCAGGCCGCCGCGGAGGACUACGGGAUCCCGUCCAACACCUUGGACCCGUCCAUCAGCUGGAAGGACAUCCAUUGGCUGCAGUCCAUCACCCAGCUGCCAAUCAUCAUCAAGGGGAUCCUCACCAAGGAGGACGCCGAGCUGGCCGUGGAGCACGGCGUGCAGGGCAUCAUCGUGUCCAACCACGGGGGCCGGCAGCUGGACGGGGGCCCGGCCACGAUCGACGCCCUGACGGAGAUCGUGGACGCGGUGCAGGGCCGGAUGGAGGUCUACCUGGACGGGGGCAUCCGGACAGGAAGUGACGUGCUCAAGGCUCUGGCCCUGGGGGCCAAGUGUGUUUUCAUUGGCCGGCCGGCAGUGUGGGGCCUCGCCUACAAGGGCGAGGACGGCUUGAGGGAAGUGCUGCAGAUCCUCCACGAUGAGUUCCGUCUGUCCAUGGCGCUGUCGGGCUGCAGGAACGUGGCCGAGAUCAACAGGAACCUCAUCCAGUGCUCCAAACUCUGACCAGCAGGGGGCGCCAGAGAUCAACACUGACACCAAAACCAGAGCCUCAGAUAAUAUAUCGGUGUUUUUCUUUUUUCUUUUUGAUGAAAGUCUUGCAGGAACUUCUCCGUGAGACUUCUGGUUUCCCUGUAAAUGUGUGAGGUGUUUUGUGGUUGAAUAAACAUCUGAGAAAGUC